CCGAUCAGCUGUCACUGACUUGCGCAUGUCUGAAAUUACACAUGAGCAGACUUCCAGGGUUUCCGGAAAAUAUUUUGAUAAAAUUAAUAGCUUUAGACCGGACAUAAUUGAAUAUUUCAAAGUCUUGUUGACAGAAUAUGAAGAGACCUAGAAAUGCUGACUGUGCUAAACUACGUAGACCACUGAAAAGGAGCAAAAUAAGUGAAGGAUUUUACGGAAGUACUUUUUUGUACAUGAAAUUCCUGAUGGUUUGGGCACUAGUUCUGAUGGCAGAUUUCAUCCUUGAGUUCCGCUUUGAGUACCUGUGGCCUUUCUGGCUUCUUAUGAGAAGUGUGUACGACUCGUUCAAGUUUCAAGGCCUGGCAUUUUCUGUAUUUUUUGUAAGCAUAGCCAUAACAUCGGAUGUUGUUUGCUACCUAUUUAUACCAGUUCAAUGGCUGUUUUUUGCUGCCAGCACAUAUGUAUGGGUACAAUAUGUAUGGCACACAGAACGAGGUAUAUGUCUUCCCACAGUGUCACUGUGGUUACUAUUUGUCUAUAUAGAAGCAUCUGUAAGACUUAGAGAACUUAAAAACUUGCCAUUUAACCUUGAUCUUUGUCGACCUUUUGCAGCUCAUUGUAUUGGCUAUCCAGUUGUUACUUUAGGAUUUGGUUUUAAGACUUAUGUUUCAUAUAAACUUAGAUUGAGAAAACAGAAAGAUGUACAAAAAGACAAUGAAUUUUAUUUUCAACUUAUACAACAAGCACUGCCUCCAGAAUUACAAAAUGUAGAAAAACAAAAAGCUUUACCUGCCAAAUCAGAAGAGGAAGUAAUCUCAAAUGGAAGUGUGCCAGUUGACAAAUCACCAACAUCAUCAUCCGCCAAAUCAUCUUCUAAAGAUGACAGCAACAAAAAGUCAAGUAAAGACACAGAAAACGAAGAUGAUAUACAAUAUAUAGAACAAAGUCUGCCUAAAAAGACUGCGGAUAUUAACAGCUUUGAUGAAAGUGCUGACAGUUUCGCCAAUGAACAGCAGGCUAAAAAUUAUAAACAGAAUGGUAUAGGUAAAGUUUCGAGCUCAAAGCUGAACAGUAAUAAGGAGAAUAGUUCUAAAAAAGGGAAAAACUACAACAAAGCUGAUAUAUCCUCUUCUGCAUUUGCUAAUAAUAAAGAUGAAGCAGCAUAUAUACAAAGAUUAGAGAAUGAUGUUAAAAGAUUGAAAACAGAUUUACAAAUAAGUAGGAAUACAGAGCAAGAGCUUAAAUCUCAGAUAAACAGUUUUAUAUGUAGUGAUAAAAACACACGAUCCGAGCUGUAUCAACUACAGCAGGACAAUGAAAAUUUACAGAACAAACUUCAUAACUUGGUUACUAGUCGACAGAAAGAUAAAGAAAGUUUAUCAGCAAUUGAGCGUAAAUUACAAGAUGAGAGAAAAGCUAAAAGUGCAUUAGAACAACAGCUAAAUACAGAAAGAAAAGCUAAAAAAGCAGAAGAUGCUGCAGCUGCUAGAGCUGUUGCCUUGGUUACUGCUAGGGGUGACUGCUGUACAGAUGUAUGUUUAUCACGGAGACGUGACACAGAAAAUGAUAUACAGAAACUUAAAUGGGAUUUACAGAACAAAGAAGAUAAAGUUAGACAACUUGAAAAGGAAGUACAGUCAUUACGGCAGUAUAAAGAUCAACAGAGUGAUACAGAAGUGUUAAUGUCAGCACUGGCUGCAAUGCAGGACAAAACAUCACAUCUAGAAAACAGUCUUAGUGCAGAAACUAGACUGAAACUUGAUCUAUUUUCUGCUCUUGGUGAAGCUAAACGACAGGUGGAAAUAUAUCAAGCUGUUAUACAGAAACGUGAUCAAGAGAUAGUUGACCUGAAGUCUAAGAUGUCGGAAGUGAUGGCGUUGAUGCCACCUAAUGCUGUUGUAGAUGGGAUAACUAUGCCAAGUUCAGGCAACUCCUCACCGUCUCCUCUUUAUUCAUCUGCACAGUCACAACAAAGUGCAACAGAAAAUGGAACCAUCCUCAAGUCAAACCUGAACCCAAAUGCUAAAUUAUUUCACGCCAAAACAAAUGUAGACUAAAUUAUGUCACGCGACAUUCUUUCUUCUUCAUUUAAACGACCCGUACUUACAAUUAAGAUUUUGCUACUUGUAUGAAGAAAUUAACAUUUCUAUUAAAUGGUUAUCUUUGUGUUUGGUGCAUAUUUAAGUACCUUGUAUUAAUGAGGUAUGGUUUAGAGAUAUCAUAUGAUUUGUUUCUAGAUAUUAUAAGGCAGUAAUGUUGACUAUUUCAUACAAAAUGCUUUGUGUGUUUUUUGUCGUAGAUUUGCUGUAUUACUUGAAUUCUAGCUAUUGAUAUAUGUGUGUAGUCUGUUACGUAGGGCUGUACAAAUGGAGCUGAUGACUCAUGAUGUUGCUACGACAACACCAUAACAAUAUCUGAUUUGUGCUUUACAUAUUACAGGAGUAUUCUACCCAUGCAAGUUAACAUAUAUUUUAAAAUAAGACCAACAACCUUUAUUUAUAUGUCUAAUGUCAAAUUCUUUUAUCUUAAUUAAAUUUAAGUAAAAAUGUUAAUGAAAAAUGGACAGAACAAUAUCAUUUAAAGUGACAAGGAAAUAGAAACACUUGUUAUGUGGGGACUUAAGCACAGUUAAUUAUGUUUGGUUUUGUUAAGGAAUGUUGUGGUAACAUCAUGAGGAUAUUAGCAGUAAAUGGGUCAGCUUUAUCCAUGACAUUAUACAACAGUAUAUAAAUGACACAUUGGUUUGUGGCUACUUAUAGGCCUAUGUGUUAUUUAUAUUAUUACCCCGAAAAAAUACUGUAAUGAUAUGAAAUUUUUCAAACAAAUGUAACUGUUACAAAAUUGAAACUACUUUAAUAUUGUUCUUAAUCUCCUGACCAUGCUGUGUUAAACUUGAAAAGUUAUGCAUUGCUUUACACUUAUUCUUUGAGUACAUGCUGAAAUCUAUCAAUCAUGAAACAUACAAACACAAACACAUUAAUACUGUUAUGAGCUGUGUUCAGAUCACAUCCAGAAUAUUCUUCAUCAGCUAUUAUAACCUCCAACAAUGUGCAACUAUGAUAUCUUACAUCUAAAUAGUGUUUAAUAUCUGUCUACCACACAUCAAUUGGAUAAAUCAUCCUUUGUUGCAUGCUUUAAUCCUCUGCUCCAACCAUUUCGAUAAAUUUUACCCUGCAGUUACUUUGGUUGCCGACUGAAAAAGGUUAAAGAUGAUAAAAAGCACUCUUAGGUUACAAACAACUUAAUUCUCAGUUAUGUAUGAUCACUAUAUCAGUUCUGUAUGAUCACAAUAUCACUGGUGUAGCUCUCCAGGAACGAUGGUUAGGAGACUACCCGCCUAUAUGACUGAAAUACUGUUGGAAAAAGGCGUAAAAUGAAACAAACAAACUGUAUGAUCACAGUAUCAGUUUUGUAUGAUCACAAUAUCAGUUCUGUAUGAUUUCAAUGUCAAUGAUCACAAUAUCAGUUUUGCAUGAUCACAAUAUCAGUUCUGUAUGAUCAAAGUAUCAGUUUUGUAUGAUUACAAUAUCAUUUCUAUGUUAUCACAAUAUCAAUUCUGUAUGAUCACAAUAUCAGUUCUGUAGAAUCACAGUAUCAGUUCUGUAUGAUCACAAUAUCAGUUCUGUAUGAUCACAGUAUCAGUUCUGUAUGAUCACAAUAUCAGUUCUGAAUGAUCACAGUAUCUCUUUUGUAUGAUCACAAUAUCACUUGUAUGAUCACAAUAUCGGUUCUUUAUGAUCACAGUUCAGUUUUGUAUUAAUCUGUAUGUUCACAAUAUCAGUUUUGUAUGAUCAAAAUAUCAGAUCUGUAUGAUCACAAUAUCAGUUCUAUUUCUAUAAGAUCACAAUAAUUCUCAUAAAUUCUGUAUGAUCAUGGUAACAAAGCUAUAUGAUUAAGGACCAACUCCUAUGAUUACUAAAUGAUCAUAUUCAAAAGCUGUAUGAUCACUAUUCCAGAAUUUAUGAUCACUGGCAAGAUUUUAGGAUCACCGUCAAGAAACAAGGCUAGAUCACAAUCAGAUUGAUUUUUUACUCAUUUCUUAAAUAUCAACAAUAUUUGCUCACCUGACUGCAUAUACUAUUAUGUACUGUCAUAUAAUAAAUUAUAGCAAAGAUGCACACCUUUAUUGAAGUUGCAUUCCAAACCAAAUGCAUGCUUAAUCUUUCAAGAUCUUCGACCUUUAAAAUUGACGGUUAUUUGAGCCAGAGACUUUACCAACAUUGUAAUAUCAUAAUCAUUAAUUGCAUUGGAGAAUUGUUUUCAUUUAUUAACAAUUUAUUUACAAGACAGAAUCUUCAGAAUUUUUAUAAGUAUUCACAGCAAAUGCAUAAACAACUUAAGAAUUUUUGAAGCAGAGAUACUAAGUGUAAAUUAAUGGCAACUCGUAUAGAAAGUAUGUACAAAUAUUUUGGCACCAUGUUUUGUUUGACUUAACCCUCCAGAAACUGAAGGAAUUAUAUUAUCUAGUCUUAUAUAGGUGUGACUUUGUCAGCAGUUAAUCAGUAUUAUGUGAAAUCAUAAUGAUAUUUCAUACAGUAAACUUGAUGUACAAUUAUGCCAUCUCUUAAUUUAGGUUUUCAAUUACAAUCAUUUUUUCACCACUGAUCAGUGUCGUUAAUUAAGUUAAAUUUUAAUUAUGUUGCUAUAACUAUCUUCAUCUCUUUUUGAUCUAUUUUAGUACAUGUAUAUUAUAAGAAGCAUUGAUUUGUGUGCAAAUAAUGAUACACAUGUUUGUUAAAUCUUUCCUUUUAUAUUCUAAAUCAUUGAGUGUAAUAAUUGAAGACUCUGUCAAGCACUGAUACAAACAUAAUGUAUUGAUAGUUUUUUUAAAAAAACAAUUUGAUCUUGAAAUCCCAAAGAUUUACAAUGGACUGUUCCAAAUUCACAGCUGGAUUAGUCCAUGUCAUGAAAUCAGGGGAAGAAAAUGGCUAAAUUUCUAUGUUUUACAUAUUGAUGUUGUUAGAUUUUGUUGCAUUAUUUAUGUACAAUCGCUGGAAAUAUUUUCUGUAUUUUGUUGUCAAGUUUCUGUUGAUCAAGUAGAAUAGACUGUUGUAAACUCACAGCUAUAGCUAGCUCAUUGCUUAAAAAAUAUCUUCCCCCAAAACUGCAUUUACGAUAUUCUUAUUUUGUCAUUUGAAGAUACAUGUAUGUAGCAAAUGAACAUUUUUGUAAAAAUUACAAAAGCAGCAUUGUACCGGAUUGUUACAUUUAUGUCUAUGAGAUUAAUAGAAAUAUGUUGUUUAAUAUCAGUUAGAUUUUGGUCAUUUCUUCUUGAAAUAUUUUAUUCUUAUGCUAAUUAUCAAUUUCGAAUUAAACCCUCCCAUAAAUUUCAUACUCGGUGAUCUAAGUUAUGAAUUUAUUAGAUUUUCUGCAAUAUUUAAAGUCAAAUAAACCAGUAAUUGAAAUGUUUUUAUAGGUAAUGACAAUACUUAAUUUUUGUUGGCUAAACAUUGAUAAAUGAAGUAACCAAACUAAAUUUAACCCUUAAUCUGCUAUAACUCUAGAAUGGAUUUUUCUUUCUUCAAUCUUUAGAACUGUCCAAUAUCAUCUUUGGGAAUAUCAAGAUGGAAAUCAAAACUUGAUAAACCAACAGUAUAGAACCUGUUUAUACUGCAUAGAUGUACAGGCCAGCCUGGCUGUACUAAUACACCCAUUGACAGUCUCUAUAUGAACAACGUAAAUAACCGAGUUAUAUUGAGUGAAUAAAAUAAGUUAUUUCCCUUAUCUUCUAGUAAAAUUGACAUCUCUAAUGCUAAAACAAUGCAAAUUUAGCCGUUUAUAAACUGCUAGUUUGGGGCGAUUUAAUGUCUGAUUUUAGAAUUCAUUACACCAAUGAAAAACUUGUGAUCUUAGCUUCGUUUCAGUAUAUUUUUCAACACUUUGACAUUCAAGGUAUUUAAAUAAAUAGUAAAACUUACCACAAGUCAGACCAUAUUACAUAUGUUUUAUACCGAUACGCAAUAGGUUAUCUUUACUCACAAUUCUACUGAUAAGAAUAGCCUGUCGUCUGCUAGUUGGGAAACUGUCAAUCUGUGUACUACUUAGUUCCAGCAGGUUAAGGGUUAAAUGUAAUAGAUGUUUGGUUUGGAGUAAUCUGUAAGAAAUAUAGGACUAUCAUAUCAUGUACUUAACUGAUUUAAAAAUGACAAAAGAAUAAUGUCCCAUUGUCAGUUGUUAUACUUAUUAAUAUAUUUAAUUGUUUGAUUUUCAUUUAAAUCACAUAACAGUUAUAAGAAGUGAUUUUUUGAAUGAUUUAACUAUUUUGACAUACAGUGGAAUAUAAACAGUUUAGCAUUUGGCUUUUAAUGGACAUGAAAAUCAUGGAUGUUUAAUCUGUCAGUGAUGACAGGAAGAUUUCUAGUUUUGUAUUUGUUUCGAGGUAUAUAGUUAUGAUUUAAAGUUUGACCACAAAGAACAGUGGAAUGUAGCAGGAAUCACCUGUUGGUGACAGACAGUAAAUAAACAAGCAAAAAUUUC